GAAGAUAAUUUCGAAGGAGCUUAGUUUGCGGGUGCGUGCAUCUGAGCUUAUUAUGUAAUCAGAAAUGCUCACCCAGACCCACAAAUCUAUAUGUAUCAUUCUUGGACCGUGCGUUCCUUGGGGCCACAACCCUCACACAAAAAUUUCCUGUAAUCGGUCUGGAACUAGUGUGGGCAAACUAAGCGAAACCCUCUACCAAAUCAACCAUCUGAGGAAAUCCAUUAACCCCCCAUCUCAAUCUUGAACAUUUCGCUCUUCGACAACGCGACAACCCAUUUCGAUCAGCGAAACCUCUCUUGAGCAUCACCUAAACCGCAACCAUGGCUGACGACCCCGAUUACAACGCUGAGGAGGCUGCCGAGCUCAAGAAGAGAAGACAGUUCCGCAAGUUUUCCUACCGAGGAAUUGACCUUGACGCUCUCCUUGACCUCUCUUCCGACCAACUCCGAGAUGUCGUCCACGCCCGUGCCCGUCGCCGGAUCAACCGAGGCUUGAAACGAAAGCCUAUGGGACUUAUCAAGAAGCUUCGCAAGGCCAAGCAAGAGGCCAAGCCCAACGAGAAGCCCGAUCUCGUUAAGACGCACCUCCGAGACAUGAUUGUCGUCCCCGAGAUGAUUGGCAGCGUUAUCGGUAUCUACUCCGGCAAGGAGUUCAACCAGGUCGAAAUCCGACCUGAGAUGGUUGGCCACUACUUGGGAGAAUUCUCCAUCUCAUACAAGCCUGUCAAGCACGGUAGACCCGGUAUUGGUGCUACUCACUCUUCUCGUUUCAUCCCUCUCAAGUAGGUGAUCCCGUGUGGAAAAAUGGAGGAGGGUGGUUUUUGCACUUGCAUUCAUGGAUUGGGCGAACGGAACGGUUCUUUAUCGGUGGUAGAUAGGCAAAUGACCAUCAACCCGAUAUGCGCUGCAUGAUAAUGAAUUGAGAAUCAUCUUGCGCUGAGCAAAACAAAAUAACCUGGCUCUUCUCUGUGAAUAAAUUUAUUUCGUGUU